ACUGAGACCCCAUAACUUUAAGUUUCUUCAACAGCUAGUAAGAAAGCAAAACACAACACUCCAAGCUUUAGCCAAAGGCUUGUUUGGGUGCACAUACAAGGAAAUAUCACCAAAGGUGAAAGAGGAAAAGUAUAAGGGAAAAGGAGAGUAAAUAUUUCAUUUCCUAUAUGUUCAUUUGAAGGCAAGAAUUGAGUAUUAAUUCUUCAGAAGAUAUUUUUCUUUAGUUCAGCAAAUGAUGGCUGGGAACCCUAACUGGUGGAGUAUGCAUCCACCAUCUUUGAUCCCUCCUCAGUAUGUGCUUGGAUCUUCUUCAAUUCCCUUUAAUUCUUCUACAGAAAACCCAGAACACCCUCAGUCAUUGAGCCAACUUCUUUUCACUGGGUUACCAGGCGAAGAAGAGAGAGUUGCAUUCAGUCAUUUUCAAUCAAAAAAGUUGGAUAACUGGGAUGAACAUAUUCUUAAUCCAUCCCCCAUAGUGCAUAUGGCUGAUGUAAUAAAGCAAGAGGUUUCUCAAAGUGGCAGCUUAUAUCACCACGGGCAUGAUCAGGAAUUUCAGGUUUCAGGAGCACCUUGGUCACAUAUGGUGGCAGUUUCUUCUUCUCCUAGGUCAAGUGUCACUAGCUUGAGUAGUAAUAAUAAUAAUUUAUUGGAUUUCACUUAUAACAAGACAGGUCAUAGGAAGAACCAAUUUCUAGAUCACACAUCCGAUUGUAAUAGCCAAGCCACUGCUGGAGUUUGUAAGAGGACUAAGAGUCAACCAUCUUCAAGCCAACCCCCUCUCAAGGUGAGAAAGGAGAAGCUAGGUGAUAGAAUAACAGCCCUUCACCAGCUGGUUUCCCCAUUCGGAAAGACUGACACAGCUUCUGUCUUGUUAGAAGCCAUCGGAUACAUAAGAUUCCUUCAGGGUCAAAUUGAGGCACUCAGUUCUCCUUACUUGGGCAAUGGAUCAAAAAACAUUAGGAAUCAACAAUCUCAACAGGUACACGGAGAAAGAAAUUCUGUAUUUCCUGAGGACCCCGGUCAGCUGUUGAAUGACACUGGCCUGAAAAGAAAGGGAGCUCCAAGCCAGGAUGCAGUAGAUAAGCCAAAGGACUUGAGGAGUAGAGGGUUGUGCUUAGUUCCUGUGUCUUGUACCCAACAUGUGGGAAGUGAAAAUGGAGCUGAUUAUUGGGCACCUGCUUAUGGCAGUGGAUUUUAACAAAUAUGCAGCAAUCGUUUUUGGCAAAAUGGAUGGUAUAACAUCGCGAGCAGUCAAUCUGCAGUAAUAUUGAAAAGGUUGAUUGCUCACGAUGCUAUAUAGCAUUCAUGAUUUAGUCAAUGGAAAAAAUAUAUUAUCCAUUAUGUAUUGUCUCUAAUCUAAUUUGGUUAACUCAAUAAGUUAUUAAUAAGUUGUCAAAACAUUAUUUAAUCUGUAAUUUUAGUUUUUCUAAACAU